AUGGCUACCCAUCAAUAUUAUCAGCCAAGCAUGGCUAUUAACGUGCCUUCAAAGGCACCAUCGGCUCCAAGCCUCUACCCAGUUGGUCGAGUGGCUGUUCCGCCGACGGAUUUUUCAGAUAGCAGCACCACCGCUGGCAGCCGCACGACCGGCUAUAGUGCCAAUGCCAGCAGCUACGCUGGCAGCAUCAGCGGCGAUUAUGAUUCCAGCACAAUGUCCGGUGUUGACGUUGUCGACAUGCUAAACGACCGUGUGCACGAUUCAUUCGAUCCGAUACCGCUUGAUCGGGGGCUGGCCAUGCAGGCGCAAACUUCGGGCAAUCUGAAUGCGAAACAACAAGAAUUACUCGAACUCCAGGCGCUUGCCCAGCGUCGCUUAAAAGGAGUGCGCGCCAACUUCAACGACGGGUUGAAAGCUGCAAAGGAGACGAAGCGAGACCUUGAAUGGACUCAGAAACGCGUGAGUGCCCUAAAGGCCAAGGCGGAGAAAGCACACCCUGAGGAGUACCGCCGUGCAUCCAGCAAGUACGCCUUCGAUGACAACUAUUGA